AUGCUCGCUUCCCAUUUGUAUUCCAGAUCUUCUGUUCAGAAUGGGGCCUCCUCUUUACCACCUAUCAGAUUUGGCCCUUCCCUCCUACCAAGGAGACCGCUGGUAACAUUCACAUUUUUACAUGGAAUUUUUCGAAAUAAAGGGGGCGGUAUAGGAUUCGAACCCCCGAUAUCACUGCUAAGACCCUCCGACUCGCCCACUCGAGCCGCUUAGCCCUUCUUUUAAAUUGGUGAUGAAGGUGUAUUAGGUAUAGGUUCUUGUAUAUCAAUGUGCACUAAUCUCUCAAGCUUAACACUCGACCUCUUUUUCAAUAAAGUUGGCAUAAUUGGAGCAUCAAGCUUAGGUUCUGCUUUAAAAAAUUGCACUAAUCUUUAAACUUUAACACUUGCACUCAAUUAAAAUAAAAUUGGUGAUGAAGGUACAUUAUUCUUAGGUUCUGCUUUAGCACAGUGCACUAAUCUCUCAAAUUUAACACUUAAUCUUUCUCGUAAUUAAAUUAGUGCAAUUUGUGCAUCGGGCUUAGGUUCUGCUUUAGCAAAAUGCGCUAAUCUAUCAAAUUUGGCUCUUAAUCUUUCAAAAAACGAAAUCAAUGGAUCAGAAGAAUUUAAAGUAAAUAGCAAGCUUUUUAAAUCAAAAAGAUUAGUUGCUUUUAAAAUAUAUUUCUAACUAUGA